CCCAGACCUUACGACACCAGCUCCAGGCCAUGUGAAUCCGCCCCGCAACCCCAACGAUCUUUUGCAUUCUCCUGCCCUCGAGUGACCGCUCCGUCACCGCAGCUCGUGCCUCCCAACUCACCACCCACUUACGUGCGCAACCGUCCCGUCGCCGAUUCAUGUCGCCAGCCUGUCGCGCGCGUCUGGUGGAGCUCCGCCUGUGAGCUUCGCCUGCCAAGGGGAGCCAUGGACGACCGCGAGUCCAGCACGGCUUCCUCGGUGGAUUUCUACGGGUCUGAGACGAGGCCCAACACCCCCCCGGCACAGCAUCGAGAGGAUGUCGUGAAUACAAAGCGCAAGGCAGAAGAGCCUGCCUUGCCCCAGCAGAAGAAGCGCAGGCUUGAGUCUACGUCUCCCCGUGUUUCUGCGCUCAAACCAUGUGCUGGUCUUUCACCAGCACUAUGGCAGCAUGUGUUUCUUCGCUGUUCUCUCUUUGACUUGGGUCGAUUGCUUCAAGUCAAUCGAUCGUUUCAUUCAUAUUUGACCGAUGUGCAAGAUGUCUCUGUUUCAGACCCAGAUCCUGGGUCGCUGCGUCUCAUAAAGUCUGAUUCUAUCUGGGCUGCAGCCCGCAAUGCGCUUCCUGUAAAAUCUCCAAAACCUCUUCCAGGUUUUUCCGAGCUGCAGAUGUGGCAGCUCACCUGGUCUAGGAGAUGCCAAUUCUGCCACAAGCUCGACCUGGGAACAACAGGAGAGAAGAUUUGGCAGAAAGGUCCUGGCAACGACGGUGUACGGACCAUCUGGCCGUUUGGAAUCAGGGCAUGCGGAGAGUGUCUGAUGGAAAGAUGUCAAACCGACGCGACUUUGCUCUUCUCGAGCGUAUCCGCUCUUCGGGCCGCCCUGCCCUAUGCCUUUAUCACGAACGACCGCAACUACGUCCCUGCCCAUGUACUUCAAGCUUCGAGCAUCCCAGCCGUUGUUGACAUCGCCAAAUACUACUACAAGCCGCAGGUAGAAGAGAUCAGCAGCGAACUAGACGAGGCAUUGGCCCUCGGGCCUGCCGCGGCAGAGGAGUGGUCAAAAGGACUAGACGCUCGCGGUAAUGAGCGUAUGAAGCUGGCAGAAAAUUGGAGUCGCUGGGAGGAUAAGUAUCAGUCGUGGUCGGCCCAUAACGACACAAAAUCAGUAGCAUCGAGCACGCCCGCCCCUCCACAAACGUUCCUGAACGAGUUGGGCCGAUCACCAACGCAACAUACCCCCUCUCUUGUUAUCCAUGCCCCUCUACCAGCGACUCCAAUUUACCCUUACAUACAUUCGCGACCGCCGACUGUUCCUCAGCAAUACACGCCGCAGCCUGGCAACCCGCGCGGACUGCACGAUGCAAACGAGGCCAAAGCAAACCGCAGGGCAGAUAUCGAACGACGGUGUCAGCAGAUGCGGCCUUCGAUUCCACCAAAUGUGUUACGACACAUGGACUCAUUCAGGGCAGCCAUUCAAAUAUCCCAGCCAAUGACCGAUGAUGCGUGGAGCGUGCUUGAGCCCCGCCUUGUUGCCCAACUCCCUGCUGCCCAACAAGCGGAGGCUGACCACGUGUCGCGUCUCACGACCCUUCCCAAAACACUAGACCGCCGUCCCUCGGAGGUCAACCCCAAGGAAUCCAAAGAAAUUAUGGAUCGGGAAUGGGACGAAACGCAGCGUCCCAUUCGCGACAAACUCAGCGCCAUUGCCGACGAUUUUAUCAACAGAGACUGGGACGGCGGCAGAGCAGUGACUUACGAAAGCAGCCCGAAGUUUGCCGUGGAUGUCUUGGUAUACGUGCGCCGCAUAUUCAUGGCCGACACUGCCAAUGAGAGCGCAACAUCUGCUCCAGGACACUCCCAAGAUACAUCCCACGACGGUUCAGGUCCCAAUAGGCCCAAGCUUGUAUUGGAUAGUAUGAAGUGGGUAUAUGACAACAAGAUCAAGAAUCUGACCGAGCAGUUCCGGAAAGAGCUUUUCCUGUGCUAUGGAUCCGGCUGCGAAGGGAAUACGAAGUUCUACGGCUUCGAAGGUGUUGUCCAGCACUUUGGAGCUAAGCACACUAAUGCAUUCAGCGUUGGCAAUGUUGUUGUUGCAUGGAGAGAAGCUGAAUGGCCAGAGGAAGCCCCGUUCCACCCAGACCCCACUUCUGUUAAGCCUGCUUUCCACUCCGCGUCAGGCACGGCUGCCCACUCCGGUUAUGGCGCUUACUACGGUGGGUAUUCGCGUGCGGGAACAUCCACUCCUCAUAUGCAAGCUCAUCUUCCCCAAGCAAGUCCCGGACCGUAUCAGUACAAUGGCCACUACCCGGGACCAUUUGCUCCUCCUCAAAUGGGCUCAACUGGAAUGCCAGGGUACGAGUUUAACCAGUCGUACGGCACGUCCAUGGAUGCUUAUCAAUACCAAUCCAUGGCACCACCUGGCUACGGAGCACAUCCGGGAAAUGGAUACAUGACUUCUCCAGCGAUGUCCAAUACCGCCAUCGCACCUCCUCCAAGCGGUCCAUCACAAGCUGCUGGCAUGAAGGACAUGUCACACAGGUCAGAUGACGCUAACCAUCGCACAAGCUUAUUCGAUAAGCAGGUGAGUACAGUCAUUGACAUGGCCCUGGAUAUCUGGAAGCAGACCUCUGGCGUCAAGGAUCUUCCGAACAGUCUCCGCGUAUACGUUUUGAUGCAGCGUGUCAUCUCCAAAUUCCAUGUCGACUUCAACCAUGAGCCUAACCUGGACCAUUUUAUUGACGCUUUCUCCAGCCACCAGGUACCCCGCGCUCUGAAAAACGCUCCUGGUCUUUCAUGCAAAGCUUGCCAGGAUGAAGUUUCUCACUACCCUCGUCAAGAGGAAAGGAAAACUUACACAGUCUCCAGUUUAUUUUUGCACUUCAAGUCUCAGCAUCUUGGAUCCCAGGCUCCGAUAUUUGGAAACGGCCAUUUGCCAAAAUCUCUGGACUGGAAGGAAGACAUGAUAGAGCUUCCAAGCGACCGCCUCAUCUCUGGCCUUAUCCACGCCCCUGGCAUGGACGACGACAAGCUGCAUACGGUAGCCACCGUGUUUCCGAAGCUGUUCCCUACCCCACUUCCUAGAAUUGGCAAGGUGGACAACGGUGAGUCCGUGCCGAAGGAUCCAAAAGAUGCUGCAAAUGUUAGCGGAACUCCGGGAAGAUCCAUUGGAGGAUCCGGUCCGUCAUCAUUAGCAUCGCCAUACACCGGCUCUCCAAAGCUGUCUAAACCAAUGGAGGAUGAGUAUGACCCCCUGCGGCCUGCUCUGUCCACACGGAUCUCAACCAGGACGAACGGGAGAGCUUCUUACCGUAGCAGUCCGGCAGACCACAGGCAGCGUUACUAUGCCGAGCCACGUUACCAGCCUUUGGACCCUAACCGUGAGGAGCUCGAUCGUCCGCAGGAAUACAUUGAGUACGCUCCGGGACCUCGUCAUCACCGGGAGCCCGAACCAGUGUAUGAGGAAUAUCCGGGAAGACGACCUCUGUAUCGCGAUGAGGAAGCCUACUAUCGGCGUGAUGAAGUUGUAUUCGCCCAUGCCCGUGCAGGACGAUACGAGGAAGACUAUCGACCUGUCUCUCGGCACGUCCGGUAUGUAGAAGAUGACACUAGGCACCCCGGACAUCAGCUUAGGAAUGAACCUGGAUCGAUCGGCCCCAGUCCUGUGGAUGGCAAAUCUACAGCCGACCGGUUUUUGGAAGAAUUUGUUCCGAGUCAAUCAAUGGCACCCGCAGGUCAAGGAACGCCACGUCUUGAGGUGCACCAGCCCGGUGCAGCAGGUCCGGAGCCGGGUGAUGGGUCUCAAUACACACCGCCGCCACACAGUUUUGUCGUACCCGAACUAGUCCCAGAACAACGUCGAACUCAUGUGGCCCCUCACCGCACAGCUUCCACUGUAUCCAAUGGUUCAAAAAAUGAUGAUUACCUUUCGUUUGGACGUCAAAUUCCCACGCCGGAUAAUACACGGGGACUAAGGAGACCUGGACCGCAGCGCCGAAGGGAAAGAUACCAUGACCAUGUUCCCUCUCGCUACCAUAGAUAUCUAGGCGCUGCUCGUGAAGAGCCGUAUGCUCGAGGGGCUAGUAUGAGCCGCUCGCAAAGUAAGCGAUAUGAAGAACAACGCCGUCGGCUCGACCAACAGGAGACCCCGCAGCCAGGCGCCGAGCAGGAUUCUACGUACUCCCGAGACCAAAGCAUUGAAAGAGGAGUCGCUGAGGAGGCCCCCCGUCAAUCUCGGCGUCCUCAACAAGACUACAUAUCCGUUCAGGAUCGUCUGCAUCCUUAUCCACCGCCGCGAUUACGCUACGCUGAUAGUCGUCAUACUGAGGAGCUGCGCGGGGGCCGGCCGCCCAUGUAUGUCGAUGAGUACGGACGACCACUCGAGGAGUACGAAGUCAUCCAAGGACCUCGAGACCCUCGUCCGCCGCGCCAUUCUUACGGACGAUACGUAGAGUUCGAACCGGAGCAUGUUCAAUACGUGGAGGUCGCCUACGAACGACCACGCCACUACCCCGGUGUGCCCGAGUACGUCUACCACGAGGGGCGAGAAGGACCGCUUCCGCCUCGUAGGCCAAUAUACGAGCCAGAGGAACCUCCGCCACCUGCGAUCAAGGUGGAGAAUACGGCCCCUGGGCCAGACACAUGAUAAUGAACGGCGUUAGAAAGGGAGUUUGUAUGUUGUUUUCAGAGAUGCGUUCGCAUAUACCCAGGGUGGCUUUUUGAUGAUUUGUCUUCUUGCUUGGGCUGUGUAAUCAUUUGUUGAGGGAAGCAUGCAAUACUGGUGUUAAUGUCUUGGCGAUCUUAUCAGCUCUGCUGUGGCGGAAUAUUAGCAGCGAC